GAAAGUAAAGUUAAGUUUGUCAGAGUGUCAGCCACGCUGCAGUAGAGACAAGACUCUGUUUCUCUCUGAAAGAAAAGUCAAACUGACUUCAUCAGGUCUUUCUCAACAACACAGCAGAGUCUCUGCCAAACACUGAUAUGGCUGCUGUGAGCAUUCUGUCAUCUGAAGAUCAGUUUCUGUGCUCCAUCUGUCUGGAUGUGUUCACUGAACCUGUCACCAUACCAUGUGGUCACAACUUCUGCAAAAACUGCAUCACUGAACACUGGAAUACUAAUGACCAGUACCUGUGUCUGAUGUGCAAAAAGGUUUUCAACACAAGACCUGAGCUGCACGUCAACACUUUCAUCUCUGAGAUGGUUGCUCAGUUCAGACAGUCAGCUCAACAGAAAGCCAGCAGCAGCAGUUCAGAGCAACAAGUGUCCAAACCAGGAGAAGUUCCCUGUGACGUCUGCACUGGAACCAAACUGAAGGCCCUGAAGUCCUGCCUGGUGUGUCUGGUCUCCUACUGUGAGACUCACCUGGAGCCUCAUCUGACAGCUUCACGUCUGAAAAGACAUCAGCUGAUUGACCCUGUGGAGAACCUGGAAGGCAGGAUGUGUACGGAGCACAAUAAACCUCUGGAGCUGUUCUGCAAGACCGACCAGACAUGUGUCUGCAUGCUCUGCUCUGUUUUAGACCACAAGACGCAUGAUGUUGUUCCUCUGAAAGAAGGAUAUGAAGGAAAGAAGACAAAGCUGGGGAAGACAGAGGCUGAAAUCCAGCAGAUGAUCCAGAAGAGACGACUGAAGAUUCAGGAGAUCAAACACUCAGUCGACCUCAGUGAGGAAGAUGCAGACAGAGAGAUAGCAGAAGGUGUUCAGGUCUUCACUUCUCUGAAGGAGUCUGUUGAGAGAGGCCUGAAGGAGCUCAUCAACACGAUCAAAGAGAAGCAGAAAACUACAGAAAAACAGGUCGAAGCUUUCAUCAAAGAGCUGGAACAGGAAAUCUCUGAGCUGAUGAAGAGAAGCACUGAGGUGGAGCAGGUGUUACGCUCUGAAGACCACCUCCAUCUUCUCCAGAGUGUCCAGUCCCUAAACAUCCAACAACCUCCACCCACCAAGGACUGGACAGAGGUCAGCGUCCGUCCAUCAUCAUAUGAGGGGACUGUGGUGAAAGCUGUGGUUCAGCUGGAGGAGACACUCAGUGAAGAGAUGAAGAAGCUGCUCCCUGAGUCUGAGCUGAAGAGGGUCCAGCAGUAUGCAGUGGAUGUGACUCUUGAUCCUGAUACAGCACAUCCUAAUCUCAUCCUGUCUGAUGAUGGGAAACAAGUGAAUCUUGGUGAUGUGAGGAAGAAUCUCCCAGACAACCCAGAGAGAUUUUCUAAGUGUGCUAAUGUUUUAGGAAAACAGAGUUUCUCUUCAGGCAGAUUUUACUUUGAGGUUCAAGUUAAAGGAAAGACUAAAUGGACUUUAGGAGUGGCCAGAGAGUCGAUCAACAGGAAGGGAGGCAUCACACUGAAACCUCAGAAAGGUUACUGGACUAUAUGGUUGAGAAAUAAAAAUGAGUACAAAGCUCUAGCUGACCCUCGUGUCCUUCUCUCUCUGGAGUCUCCUCCUCAGAAGGUGGGGGUGUUUGUGGAUUAUGAGGAGGGUCUGGUCUCCUUUUAUGACGUAGAUGCUGCAGCUCUUAUCUACUCCUUUACUGGCUGCUCCUUCACUGAGAAACUCUUCCCAUACUUCAGUCCCUAUAUGAAUGAUGGUGGUAAAAACUCUGCCCCUCUGAUCAUCUCUCCUGUCAGAGUAAACUAAUCAAUGAUCUUAUUUCAGGUAUUGAUUUAUUUUCAAUCAAGGGAACAAAUGUACAUAUUCAUAUAUUUUACAUCUUAUUUUCUAGAGAAUCUGUUUCCUGUGGUGACUGAUUUACACUUUUUUACAUUUAUUAUCAUAUGGUUAAAUGUGCAGCAAUUCUUUGCAAAUUGAAUCAAACUUCAUCUUGACAUAUUUGGUGUCUUUAGAAACUGAUUUCUUCUGGAAGUUAUAAUAAAUGUCUGUGGGUUUAACAGAGGUUUAAAUAGAUAUCCUCCACAUAACGUGUGUCAUGAUGUUUCAAACUAAAUGUUUCUCAUUUUAAAUAUCUAAAAUUAAAGGUAAAGUGCAAAUCUGAUGGAACAAUUAGGAUCUAAGAGGUAUAUGGUGUAAAUUGAUUGUCUGAUGUUUUUAUUUUUUAUAUUCCUCAAUGAUGAGACAGGAAAGAAAAAGUCUGAAUUAUUGUGGCAUAAUUGCAGAAAUAAAGUCUGUUUGUUGAGA